AUGGUCUCUGCCCUGUGGGCGAUGCUUGGAGAAGAGUGUUGUGGCAGGGUGGCCUGGACCUCUUCUCCAGUAUACCCAACGAUAUUAGUAUCCUACGUCCCUAUGGUCUCUGCCCUUUGGACGAUGCUUGGAGAAGAGCCACCAGUGGUAUCCUACGUCCAUAUGGUCUCUGCCCUGUGGGCGAUGCUUGGAGAAGAGUGUUGUGGCAGGGUGGCCUCCCUGGACCUCUUCUCCAGUAUACCCAACGAUAUUAGUAUCCUACGUCCCUAUGGUCUCUGCCCUUUGGGCGAUGCUUGGAGAAGAGCGUUGUGGCAGGGUGGCCUCCCUGGACCUCUUCUCCAGUAUACUAUAUUGUUGAAUGCUAUUGUCCUUGGAAAAUUUCAUCGAUAUGUUUCAACAUUUGCAAGUGACGCUGAUUGUAAAGACUGGAAUUUCCUAAACUAUCUCCGGUACCUGAAAGAUUAUGCAGAAUUUCAAUUUACUUCAGACAGCAAACAAGAUAUCUUAGAUGCAUUUAUUAAAGUCUUUAAGAGAAUUGGUGAAUAUGGUACAAAUAGGGAAAAAAGAAAGGCCAAAAAAAUUCAUGAUACUGCCAAAGCGGUCUUCCAAACAAAAGAGAUUUCUGAAUUUUUUGAAGAGUUAGAUAGAGAGUUUAGUGAGAGACGUCUUGAAAGAUCACUUGAAAAUAAUGGCGGUGAGCUGUUAACAAAUUCUUGUAAUUUCCAGACACUGAAUCAUUCGUUACGUUUCAAAAAAAGAACCGCAGAAUUAAAAAGGAAGUAUGAAACGGAGGACGAAACAUCAGAAACGUCUUGUGAACCAAAGUCAUAUAAGAUCCGAUCAUCUGAGUCAAACAUCUCAACAACAUUAGUAGAAAGCGAAGUUAUGAGCAGAAGUUCAUCCUCAGAUCAAACCUAUGAUUCUCCCUCUGAUUUUGAAGGUUCCAUAAAAGCAAAGAGGUCAUUUUAUCUUGAUUAUUUCAUAGGACCUGGUGAAAUUGAUUGGGAACUAAAGGAAGAUUCUACCGUGAAAUGCAAGUCAAAAGAGAUCUUAAGUACCGAUGAAGAACUGGCCCUAAACCAUAUAUUUCUUUUCCAAGAAGAGAAUCCGCAAGGACUUUAUGAAUAUUUUGAUGAUGAAUCAUGGAAGUGUGUUUUCUCAGAGAUUCGUACACAAUAUCCUUAUAUUAGUGCUCCAGAACUGUCCUUGAUUUGUGUGGAACAAUUGUGA